CGAGACGGUGGGGAGGAUGCUUUGGAGCCGGGCCUGAAGGAGGGACGCCCCCUCCGGCGCGGAAUGCAAUGUUAAUCCUGAGGCACUGACAUCUUACAAUGCCUGAUCAAGACAGAACGGUGAAGACCACAGAAAAAUCAACCGAUAAAAAACAGCAAGGAAUCACCACCAGGGACUAUUCAGAUCUUAAAAGACUUCGGUGCCUUUUGAACGUUCAGUCAAGCAAACAACAGCUUCCAGCCAUUACCUUUGAUAGUGCCCAGAAUAACAUGACGAAGUCUGAGCCCUCUAUCAAGGCGGGUGGACACAGAGCUCGAGGUCAGUGGCAUGAGUCCACAGAAGCUGUCGAACUUGAAAAUUUUAGUAUAAACUACAAGAAUGAGAGGAAUUUCAGCAAACAUCCCCAGCAUAAACUGUUUCAGGAGAUCUUUACAGCCUUGGUGAAAAAUAGACUCAUAUGCAGGGAGUGGGUUAAUCGAGCCCCAUCUAUUCACUUCCUGAGAGUGUUAAUCUGCCUACGACUGCUCAUGAGGGAUCCGUGUUACCAGGAAAUACUCCAUAGCUUGGGUGGUAUUGAAAACCUUGCUCAGUACAUGGAGAUCGUGGCCAACGAGUACCUUGGCUACAGCGAAGAGCAGCACAGUGUGGACAAGUUGGUGAACAUGACAUAUAUUUUUCAGAAACUUGCUGCUGUCAAAGACCAAAGAGAAUGGGUCACCACCAGCGGAGCCCACAAGACAUUAGUAAAUCUACUUGGUGCCCGAGAUACGAAUGUUCUGUUGGGCACCCUCCUGGCCCUGGCUAGUCUGGCUGAAAGCCCAGAAUGUAGGGAGAAGAUUAGUGAACUCAAUGUUGUAGAAAAUCUGCUGAUGAUUUUACAUGAAUAUGACUUACUUUCCAAAAGGCUGACGGCUGAGUUGCUGCGCCUCCUUUGCGCCGAGCCCCAGGUGAAGGAGCAGGUGAAGCUCUACGAGGGGAUCCCCAUCCUCCUCAGCCUGCUCCACUCCGACCACCUGAAGCUGCUCUGGAGCGUGGUCUGGAUCCUGGUGCAGGUUUGUGAGGACCCCGAGACCAGCGUGGAAAUUCGCGUUUGGGGAGGCAUCAAGCAGCUGCUUCAUAUUUUACGCGGAGAUAGGAAUUUUGUUUCUGAUCGCUCCUCCAUCGGAAGCCUGUCUAGUGCAAACGCAGCAGGCCGAAUCCAGCAGCUCCAUUUGUCAGAAGAUUUAAGCCCUCGGGAAAUACAAGAAAAUACUUUCUCUCUUCAAGCAGCCUGCUGCGCUGCCCUCACUGAGCUGGUGCUCAACGACACCAACGCCCACCAGGUGGUUCAGGAGAAUGGUGUAUAUACAAUAGCAAAACUAAUUUUACCAAACAAACAAAAGAAUGCGGCAAAAACUAAUCUGUUACAGUGUUAUGCUUUCAGAGCUUUGAGGUUCCUCUUCAGCAUGGAAAGAAACAGACCACUCUUCAAAAGACUUUUCCCCGCCGACUUGUUUGAGGUCUUCAUUGACGUAGGACAUUAUGUUCGCGAUAUCAGUGCCUACGAAGAGCUGGUGUCAAGGUUGAAUGUGUUAGUGGAGGAUGAGCUGAAGCAGAUUGCCGAAAGUAUCGAAAGCAUCAAUCAGAACAAAGCUCCUUCGAAGUACAUAGGCAACUAUGCGAUUCUGGAUCUUCUGGGAAGCGGAGCCUUUGGCUGUGUUUACAAGGUUAGAAAGCGCAGCGGUCAAAACCUCUUGGCGAUGAAGGAGGUGAGCCCGCACAGCGCGGCGUUCGGGAAGGACAAGGCGGCGCGGGACAGCAGUGUGCGGGGCGUGGUGGCGGAGCUGGCCAUGAUCAAGGAGCAGCUUUAUCAUCCCAAUGUUGUACGCUAUUACAAAACAUUUCUGGAAAAUGAUCGGCUGUAUAUAGUUAUGGAGCUUAUAGAAGGGGCCCCCCUUGGAGAGCAUUUCAAUUCUUUGAAGGAAAAACAACUCCAUUUUACUGAAGAAAGACUGUGGAAAAUAUUUAUUCAGCUGUGCUUAGCUCUUCGGUACUUGCACAAGGAGAAGAGGAUUGUCCAUAGAGAUCUCACGCCAAACAACAUUAUGUUGGGGGAUAAAGACAAAGUAACAGUUACUGACUUUGGCCUGGCAAAGCAAAAACAAGAAAACAGUAAACUCACAUCUGUUGUUGGAACAAUCCUGUAUUCCUGCCCCGAGGUACUGAAGAGCGAGCCUUACGGGGAGAAGGCUGACGUCUGGGCUGCGGGCUGCAUCCUGUACCAGAUGGCCACGCUGAGCCCCCCCUUCUCCAGCUCCAACAUGCUCUCCCUGGCCACGAAGAUAGUGGAGGCGGUAUAUGAGCCUGUGCCAGAAGGCAUCUACUCUGAAAAAGUGACCGAUACCAUCAGCAGGUGCCUCACUCCUGACGCAGAAGCCCGCCCCGAUAUUGUGGAAGUCAGCUCCAUGAUAUCGGACGUCAUGAUGAAGUAUUUAGACAGCUUGUCUACAUCCCAGCUGGCCCUGGAAAAGAAACUGGAACGGGAACGGAGGCGCACGCAGAGGUAUUUUAUGGAAGCCAACAGGAACGCCGUCACCUGUCACCGUGAGCUGGCUCCACUGGCUCACGAAACCUUCGAGAAGGCGAGCCUGAGUAGCAGCAGCAGCGGCGCCGCGAGCCUGAGAAGCGAGCUUUCCGAGGGCGCCGACCUGCCCCCCGAGGGGUUCCAGGCCCCCUGCGGCAAGGAAGAAGACAGGGCCUGUGACGAAAUCCUGUCGGAGGAGAAUUUCAACCUGGAAAACAUUGAGAAAGAUAUAUACUCAGAGCUGGACGACGAACUGGACAUUUCGGACAACUCCAGCAGCUCCAGUUCGAGCCCUUUGAAGGACUCUACAUUCAGCAUUUUAAAGAGAAGUUUUAGUGCUUCAGGAGGAGAAAGACAAUCCCAAGUGAGGGACUUCACAAGUGGAAUGGGGUCAAGACCAAGACCAGCUUUGCUGCCUCUUGACCUGCUUCUGAAAGUGCCACCCCUCAUGGUCAGGGCCCACAUUAAGGAGGCAGAGGCCGAGUUAGCGACGGGGUGGCAGUCCCACAGCCUCCCCGCUGUGAUUCUCCGCAGUCUCAAAGAUCAUGGUAGUGCUCGUAGUACGUUCUUAUUUUCGACGUCCGCAGGGAUUGCCGUGUCCCAGAGGAAAGUGCGCCAGAUCAGCGAUCCUGUUCAGCAGAUCUUAAUCCAGCUGCACAAAAUCAUCUACAUCACGCAGCUUCCUCCAGCGUUGCACCACAAUUUGAAAAGAAGGGUUAUAGAGAGAUUCAAGAAAUCCCUCUUCAGCCAGCAGAGUAACCCUUGUAACUUGAAAUCUGAAAUUAAAAAGUUAUCUCAGGGAUCGCCAGAGCCGAUCGAGCCCAGCUUUUUCACAGCAGAUUACCAUUCAUUACAUCACUCCGCCGGUGGAAACAGCCUGUCCCCAAAUGACCCUGCAGGCCUCCCCAGCAGCCUUGAUUCGGAGGAGGGAAUAACAUAUGAGCAGAUGCAGACUGUGAUUGAAGAAGUCCUGGAGGAAAGCGGUUACUACAAUUUCUCUUCUAACAGGUGA